CUUAUUUGCUACAAUAAGUUUAAAACUUAAACUAACCCUGACCUUGGUGGAAGUGUUAACCUAGGACAGGAUGUUAACAUUCAUAAUGAAUGCUGACAUUCACUACCUCCAUCCAGUCCACUUCUAAGCCUGAUGCAGGACAACUGCUCGUUCAAAGUGCAUGCAAGUGCUUAGUCCUAACCCAAUGGAUAUUUAGGAUGUGUUUGGUCACCUCAGCCUGUGUUAACAUUGCCCUUUGGGAUACUGAUGUGCCAGUAAUAAAGAUGUGAUGCUUACUUUGUUUUCUGAACGGAACUAAUACAGUAUUUUGAUGUAUCACAGGUAAAUUUUUCCAUAACCUUAUGGAGAAAAAGGACUUUGAAGCAUGGCUUGAUAACAUUUCUAUUACAUUUCUUUCUCUGACGGACUUGCAGAAAAAUGAAACUCUGGAUCACCUGAUUAGCUUGAGUGGAGCAGUCCAGCUCAGGCACCUCUCCAAUAAUCUAGAGAUUCUCCUCAAGAGGGACUUCCUCAAACUUCUUCCAUUGGAACUUAGUUUUUAUCUGUUAAAAUGGCUUGAUCCUCAGACCUUACUCACGUGUUGCCUCGUCUCUAAGCAGUGGAAUAAGGUUAUAAGUGCCUGUACAGAGGUGUGGCAGACUGCAUGUAAGAAUUUGGGUUGGCAAAUAGAUGACUCUGUUCAGGAUCCUCUGCAUUGGAAGAAGGUUUACCUAAAGGCUAUUUUAAGGAUGAAGCAACUGAAGGACCAUGAAGCCUUUGAGACAUCCUCUUUAAUUGGACACAGUGCCAGAGUAUAUGCACUUUAUUAUAAAGAUGGACUUCUGUGUACAGGAUCAGAUGACUUGUCUGCAAAACUGUGGGAUGUAAGCACAGGUCAGUGCAUAUAUGGGAUCCAGACACACACUUGUGCUGCAGUGAAGUUUGAUGAACAAAAGCUUGUGACAGGAUCUUUUGAUAACACAGUGGCCUGUUGGGAAUGGAGCUCUGGGGCAAAGACACAACAUUUUAGAGGACAUACUGGUGCAGUUUUUAGUGUGGAUUACAAUGAUGAACUUGAUAUUCUGGUCAGUGGCUCUGCAGACUUCACUGUGAAAGUAUGGGCCUUAUCAACAGGAACGUGCCUGAACACCCUUACUGGACACACAGAAUGGGUCACCAAGGUAGUUUUGCAGAAGUGCAAAGUCAAAUCUCUAAUGCAUAGUCCUGGGGAUUACAUUCUUCUGAGUGCAGACAAGUAUGAAAUCAAGAUUUGGCCUAUUGGAAGGGAAAUAAACUGCAAGUGCUUAAAAACGUUGUCUGUGUCUGAAGAUCGCAGCAUCUCCCUACAGCCCAGGCUGCACUUUGAUGGAAAAUACAUUGUCUGCAGUUCAGCACUAGGACUAUACCAGUGGGACUUUGCCAGCUAUGACAUUCUCAGGGUUAUUAAACCUCCUGACUUCUCAAAUGUGUCCUUGCUGGGCUUUGGAGAGAUAUUUGCUCUGCUGUUUGAUAACAGAUACCUGUAUAUAAUGGACUUGAGGACAGAAAAACUGAUAAGCCGCUGGCCUCUACCGGAGUACAGAAAGUCCAAGAGAGGUUCAAGCUUUUUGGCUGGCGAAAUGUCUUGGUUAAAUGGACUAAAUGGCCACAACGAUAUGGGCUUGGUUUUUGCCACCAGUAUGCCAGACCAUAGCAUCCAUUUGGUGUUAUGGAAAGAACAUGGCUGAGCAGCUGACAUAUGCAGAAUCUUCAGGAAUCUAUGGACUAUCAGCAGCGUGUCCAUAAAAAUGAGACUUUGCAUGAACCAAAGUUGCACACCUAAUGGUAUCAUCAUGCAAUGCACAAUCAUUUACUUUUCUUUGGGCAUUUGGGAAGGGGUUGUUUUGGACAUAAUGCAAUACAGCAUGCUAACAGUAUUCACCACAAACUUCUGUCUGUACUCUUUAAGCAUACCUAUCUGGGCUCUGGAGCAUAGCUUGUAACGUUUAAACCAUUCAAAUUCACCAUCAAGUCUGAAAUGAAGAAGUAGUGCUUUGACCUGACUUCUGACCUAUUUUUGUUGUUGAAACAGAAGGUGAAGUAUGCUAGACCCAUAGGCUUUUGUACAUGUAACAGCAACUACUGGUUACAGUGCGUGGCUGCCUUACUCCAGGGAGAAGAUGGCAAAACCUCUCUCUCUCUCCAGUACAAUUCCCUUCAAAAUGGGUUUUUUUCCUUAUGAUAACUUCAAAUACAUUGACAUAAAUAAAAGAAUCAAAUGAAUCCUUGAACUAGGAUCAGAUGCUAACAAUAACAAUUUAUGUUUGGGAACAUACCAAUGUGAACUUCUCUCCUCAGUGAGACCAAACCAACUUUGUGCUGGCACGCUCCAUCAGAUGACAUUAAGAGAACGUGGC